GGGCAGUCCCAUUGUUUGAGGGAGAAAUGAAAUUGAAAUCACGGCAAAGCUAAGAAAAAAGAGUCAGUGGGCAACAUCACAAUAAAUGACACCCCGCUGUUUCCAAACUGAGUAUUAAAUGCAGCAACCCACUUUCUCAUCUCUUCCUUUACACUUGCCUUUUUUCCAUCAACAAAUGGAUCCUUGCCUUGCCCCCAAAUGUCCACUCCUUCCCCUUCCUCCCCUACCUAUCUCACCAACUUAGGCCUCGGCUAUUCCAUUGCCAUCGCCGUCGGUUUCCUCGUCCUCCUCUCCACCAUCCUCCUCGCUUCUUACAUCUGUUUCCGCUCUUCCACUUCUCCUCGCGCUUUCUCUUCCAAUCCCUCCGCUAUCCCCGCCUCCAACUCCGAUGGCAUCCUGCUCCCCACUAUUAUCUUCGUUGCUGAAGAUGAAGCCACUGAUAACGUCGUCCUCGGACUCGACCAGGCCGUUAUCAAUUCUUACCCCAAGUUCCAGUUCUGUAAAGACUCGGCUGCUAGUAACUUGAACACCACAUGUUCCAUUUGUCUGUGUGAGUACAAGGAUUUGGAGAUGUUAAGGAUGAUGCCUGAGUGUAAGCAUUAUUUCCAUGUUUUUUGCAUCGAUGCUUGGUUAAAACUCAAUGGAUCUUGUCCCGUUUGCCGGAACUCGCCGCUUCCGACCCCACUUUCCACUCCCUUGUCGGAAGUCGUGCCGUUAUCUCAGUUCGCUGCGGAUCGGAGGAUUAGGUGACUUUUGGGUGUCAUCGUGUUUUUUUCCCCUGCCCAACAAAGAAGAAAACAAUUUUUUGGGGUUAGGUAAUUAAGGAACAGGAAAAUUGGGUAUGGAGUAUUUUUGGUCGAUGGAUUAUGAUAUUUGGUUAUUUUAGGGGAAACCGAGGGAAAAAGAAAAGGAUUUUUAGCGAAUCGGGUGCUUUAUGAGUAGCAUGAAUUAGGUGGUAAAAAGUGAUUCAGUGGGAGUUCAUUUUAGUUUCGGGAUUUGUUUCAGCAAAUUAUAUAAGCUUAAUUUUGAAAUGAAUAAUUUGCAUCAAUUUUGUUUUCUUUGUUCAUUUAUGAGACAUUGACUCGGUUCCUCUUGUCUAA